CCACCCAGCUAUCACAAACAUUUCUUAGUCACCAUGUGGUUGAUGGAAAUCAGACCUGGGCCCUCUGUGCUCUUCACCACCGAGCCAUCUCUUCAGCCCCAGGCAUGAGCUUCCUGAGAAGCUGUCUGUCCUGUGUGACCAGAGCCGGAAGGGACAGUUCACACUACCCAGGGCUUUGCAGAUCUGAGGGAAGCACUGAGCCUCUCUCCAGUGGGCCUGCAUGUUGGAGUGGGCCUGCAUGUUGGAAUGCAGGCUGCUUUUUGCUUCAUGAAGACAACCCCUCAGGUAAUCUAUAGGUAAUGCCCACUGCUAAGUAGGUACUUAGUAGUAGAACUAAUGGCACUCCUAUGUGUCAUUUGUCUUGUAUGUUUCCCAGGGCCACUGAGAAAUCAAACUUGAAGUAUAAUUAGGCUUAGAGUAUUCAGCCCCACCACAGAAUAGCACAAGCUGCCUUUCUAGCUCUGCCUUACUGUUCCCUUCUCUGAAGGUUCUAGCACUUGUGAGUUUGCAAUCCAAAUGAGUCCCAUGGCAUGGUCACCCUACUCUCCACCCAUCAGCCGGGUCUUGCCAGGGAGGAUGUGGCUGCCUCUGGCAGACUGUUUGGUCGUCCUGCCCUUUGAAGUCAGAUUAUCCGGAGGGUGCGCUGUGGCUAUCUCAAAGACUUCAUUCUGAAGCCAGACAAAUGAGCAUGUCUGAAAUGUGACAGCACAGGAAGUCAGGGCAAGGAGCUCUUGCUCUUUCAUGUCCCAGGAGUGAGAAGUGGCCUGCACUUACAGGGUUGUAUGGGCAUCAUGUGGCCAGCUGUGGCAGAGGCCCUCCUGCCUCCACAGCCAUGGCUCUAUGCACCCCGCCGACCUGGGGCCCUUCUCUAGAAGCAGAAGGCCCAAGUUGUGGGCAGCAGACAGCAGGGAGGAGUGUGGCAAUGUGAGCUCCCACCUCUGUAAAGGCUUUUGUGCAGACAUAGGGCACGCAGGGCCGCUCUCUCAUCCUCUACCUGAGGUGUGAACGCAGUUUGUAAAACAUGUCCACCAGUCUGGGAAAUGGUUUGGCUGGAUCUGCUAAGGCUGAAGAUGGACCCUGCGCCCGCAGUGUUCGGUCGGUGGGUAUUGCUCAGCAUGAGCACACGCCUGCGUCUGCUUGGGGGUGCGCCCAAGACCCACCUGCAGCACUGAUGGUGGUAAGGUCGGCCACAAUCCGCAGAUGUCCAGCCUGACUCAUCCAUAUGGCGCACACACGUAACCUGAGUGCUGUAAUUACCCAAGUAACGGUGACUCCUAGUAUGAACAAAGUAUAAACCGGAAGAUUCUGUUUUAUACAAUGUUCUAUGACAGACAAAACUAGUGCAUAGUGCUGAGGCCCAGGAAGGGCCCAACACAACUCUGCUGUAAGUUGUAUUUUUUUUAUCCACCUAGGAAGGUAGUCCUGACCAUUCUCAGCUUGGAGCAUGUCCCUUUUUAUAUUUGUCAUCUACUGUGGGGUUGCUAAGUGAAAACAGUAAGUGCAAAAUGCAGAUGUAAGAAACUAACAAGCUGGGCAUGGUGGCGCAUGCCUUUGAUGCCAGCACUCAGGAGGCAGGUGGAUCCCUGGUCCACAAAACAAGUCCAGAACAUCCAGGGCUACACAAAGAAACCCUGUCAUGAAAAACCAAAAAUAAGACUAACAUUGGUUAGUGGAUGCUCACAUAGUUCAUGUGUGUUUUCACAGUCACUGUGCUGUGGGUACCUGUGACCAGAGGAUGCCACGCGUUGCCGAGAGACAGAAUGGGCGGUUAGCUGGGCAUGAUGGUGUGCCCACCUUUAAUCUCAGCACUCUGGCAGCAGAGGUAGGCAGAGGUAUGUUUCAGGCUAGCCUGCACUACCAAGUGAGCUCCAGUUCAGGCGAAGUCAGACCCUAUCUCAAAAUAACAUGACCUUUUAACCGAGUAUUAACACGCACUGAAAGUGCACUCCAGCCAGCUCCUGCCCCUAACUCCCCUGCUGCCUUUCUUGCUGUAUUUUCUUCACCCACGUAUGGAAGGGGACACCCUGUGCUAAUGAGAAGGCACUGGGUCCCACGGAGCCAGCCCAGCAGUGGCCUGAUACCACCCCUGCGUGCUGCCCUGACCACCAUGAACAGUCACAUGCCCCGCUGCUGGCCUAAGAGGCCGGAGACAGAGAUCUGCCCUGCUGUGGUUCCUGGCUCCAGGCCUAGCAUGUGCUCCACAGCGGAAAUCAGAGUCCUCAAGGGAAGGACUUUGCCCUGGGGAGUUUGGGGGGGGGGGGGUCCAUGAGAGUAAGAAAAGAUAGAGAAUGCUGCUAGAUAGCCUUAGGGUCCCCUCUAGUCAGUCAGCUCCCAGGAAGUGACAAGCUUCACGCCACACCCAGAACUGUAGCUAAAGGGGGCUUCAGCAAGCCUGGAGCCUUGAGGGCCAUGGCGUGGCCUUAGUCCUGGCAGAGCUCGUCUGAGCCCAUUGGUAUAGGGCUCUUGUCUACGUCAGCCCUGCCUAUAGUUCCUGUGGUUGCUGCCGGUUGUGAAAGUUCUCCUUGGUCGAGCCCCUAAAGCUACAUUGACAUCAGUAGCUGGGUUGGUGCUGUUCGUACACAUCCUCUGCUUCAGGUACAAAUGCCACUGCCCUUGGCAUGCUUGUAAUGGAGAGUUGUGGUGAGGGUGAAAGGUGGGGGUGCCUAGUCCACAGCCUGUGACUGCUACAGGCAGAGCAUCAUGGGAGAGGGCGGAGGUAGUGGACAUCACAGGAAAGUGACUUUGAGAAGGGCUUGGCAGUUUAGGUAGGGCCACACAGGCAGGUCCUGGUAAGAGUGGAUGCCUGAAAGGGACUUGGCAAGUCUGCAGGGCCCUGAGCACAAAGGGAGAUGCCGUGUCCUGUGUGCGACUGCAGCUGGGUUUCCCAGCAUCCCCGCACAGCUUCUGCCCCCUAGAGGCAGUCCGAGGGGCUGGGCACUUAGGCACAUGCCCAUCAUGUGGCCACCCUCAGGGGAAGGGCCUCUGCGGACAAGUUAAAAGAUUCAGAGAAACGCUCCAUUCUUCCCCAGACCUCAGCCCACCCUGGCUUGGGGAGGCAGGGGACCAGACAGAGGCAAGUGACUAAGAAGGUGGGAGGCAUCGGCUUUAAAAAUGUCAGUACCUGGGCCAGUUCUCAGGAAGAGGCAGGGAGAGCAGCAGCAGGCUGGGCUCAGAGUACUAGCCAGGCAGUGUCUAGACUGCCUAUGCCAUGACUAGGCUGCCUUGUCCAGCUGGAAAGAGUGCCCAGAUGGAAAGAGGCAGGUGUGAGGGGUGUCAGAGCCCCUCCGACGACACCAUGGGCUGAGGAGGAUGCUGGGAAGCUGAUACCCUUCAGAGCCGGAGCCUCCACUAGCUGCCUCCUACUUCCCAGACAAGACUAUGCCCACUCCGGGGCCCCAGAAGAGGCUUCUGGGUUCACUCAACACCACCUCCAGGGCCACCCCGCACCUUGGACUGGCAUCCAACCAGACAGAGCCUUGGUGCCUGCAGGUGUCUAUCCCGGAUGGCCUGUUCCUCAGCCUGGGGCUGGUGAGUCUUGUAGAGAAUGUGUUGGUCGUGAUAGCCAUCACCAAGAACCGCAACCUGCACUCGCCCAUGUAUUGCUUCAUCUGCUGCCUGGCCCUGUCUGACCUCAUGGUGAGUAUAAACAUCAUGCUGGAGACCACCAUCAUCCUGCUGCUGGAGGCAGGCGCCCUGGUGACCCAGGCUGCCCUGGUGCAGCAGCUGGACAAUGUCAUUGACGUGCUCAUCUGUGGCUCCAUGGUGUCCAGCCUUUGCUUCCUCGGUGUCAUUGCCAUAGACCGCUACAUCUCCAUCUUCUACGCACUGCGCUAUCACAGCAUUGUGACCCUGCCCCGGGCACGACGGGCCAUCGUGGGCAUCUGGGUGGCCAGCAUAUUCUCCAGCAGCCUCUUUAUCACCUACUACAAGCACACGGCCGUGCUCCUCUGCCUCGUCACCUUCUUCCUAGCCAUGCUGGCUCUCAUGGCAGUCCUGCAUGUCCACAUGCUCACCCGAGCGUGCCAGCAUGCUCAGGGCAUCGCCCAGCUCCAGAAGAGGCAGCGCUGCGUCCGCCAAGGCUUCUGCCUCAAGGGCGCCAUCACCCUCACCAUCCUUCUGGGCAUUUUCUUCCUGUGCUGGGGCCCUUUCUUCCUGCACCUCUCACUCAUCAUCCUCUGCCCUCAGCACCCCACCUGCGGCUGUAUCUUCAAGAACUUCAACUUCUUCCUCAUUCUCAUCAUCUUCAACUCCAUCGUUGACCCCCUCAUCUACGCUUUCCGCAGCCAGGAGCUCCGAGUGACAAUCAAGGAAGUGUUGCUGUGCUCAUGGUGAGCAGGGAGGUGGCCUUUAGCUCAUGGCCAGGGCACUGGGGAGAGGGUGACAGUGGUACCCAGUGGCCUGCAUCCUGUGAGACCAGAUACUUAUCUCUCCUCCCCGAUCUCCAUGUGUCCAGGCAUGGACUAGGUGAACUUUAAAAUAGAAACACAAACUGCCUGGGACCAGAACAAAGGGUCAUUAUGACCUCAGGGGUCACCCACCCCAUGGCAGCUGUGGGAAACGGAGGAAGCAGGGGGUGGGAACUGUGGCCCUGAGUGAGCUUCACCUCUACACACUGACAAAGCAACUACCACCCGGCCCUUCAGGUCACUCAGGCUGGGCUCUCUACUGUUGCUGGGAUGGAUAGGAAGUUCCUGAAUUAAAAGAAUGACAAGAGCCAUGGAGGAGCACUGGUCCUGGUGAGGGCUUCUGAAAGGGAGAUUUGUGGCUAGGAAAAUCCAGCCUUAGCCAUGCAGUAGGCUCUGUAAGGAAGUGAGGCCCUUUCUCAACGAAGGGACCAGAAUUGUAGAAUGUACGUCUUGCAUGGGGGUCUGCACAUCUGCACAGGAGGUGUGGCUCAUGGGAAUCCCGAGAGGUGGGGACCCAGCUGCUCACACCCAAAAGCUCCCCCAGCCAGUGCCUUCUCUGUUGGCCUAUCAUCGACCACAGCCUGUGGCUCUGGGCCAAGAAGCAGUCAAAAUGCUAAACUCAGAUGGCUCCUCUGCACCACCUUCCCUAGCUCUGUCCAGAAGUUGCUAGAAGUGUGGGUGGGAGAAGGGCAGUGGCAGCAGCCAUGUUUGGGAGUCUCAGAAGUGGUGGCUGCCUGCCUGAGUUAGGAACCAUGGUCCCAAAGGGCACUAAGGACCCCCACCAGAUCCCCUUGGCUGCCUCUAUAUGACUAUAAACCCCAGAACAGAGCAAGGGGCUAUGGGUUCAAAAGCCCCCGCUUGCCUUGGUGGUAACAAGCCUCAGUUCAGGCUACUUCCAGCUCAACCACACACAGCAGCAGGACCACAGUCUCAGCCCCUGAUGUGACCCGUCUGUAACCUGGGCCAGAGCCUGUCCCUUUCCUGCCCCCAUUGGUGUAGCACCUUCAUCCAGCUCUGAGGAGCCCACAGCUGGAGCUGCCCUGAGGCACUGUGGGGUAGAUCAGGGGCUGGGAUCUAUUUGUGCCAAACACUGCCCUUCUGGGGGGGGGUGUCAGUGCCCUGCCAUGAUGUCAGCACUCUGCCAACAUUGGAGAAUAUUUAGACAAGGCCUCUCAGGAUAGAGGAUGGCACCUCCUCAGAGCUCAGGGGAGUGGCACCUGGGGUGAACCGCACAGCUUGCUGCUGCGAAGUGCCAGAUCUCUGGGCCUCUCUCCUGCUCCGACCUGGGGCUCCUGCUGCAGAGCCCCAUACCUUGGUCCCCCACAGAUGCUGAGCAUUCUGUUGUCCUCCUCCUCAGGGUGGCCUCAGACUGGGCUGAGAUGCCCUCAACCUCCUCCACGUCAGGAAGUGGCACCAGGCCAGGGCCUGGGCACACUCUCAGCUGCAGCCCUGCUGGACUGGGGUUGGAAGCUGGUUCCCGGCAAGGCCAGCCUCUGCUGGGAGACAGGCCCAUGAGUCAGCCCUUCUCCUGGCACCAUAGCUCCCUGGAGACAUGGGUAGCGCUGGCCUGGCCUGACGUCAUCUGGAAGGGAGGCAGCCCAGGCCUCUGGAUGCUUCCAGCCACCUUCCCUGUCCAGACAAGGAGACAGAGCCAGAUGCUCACCCAGUACUUCUUGAACCAGGCCAGCUGGAAAGCAGCCACAGAAAGCCACAUCGUGGACACAUUGUGGGGGAGGGGCAUCUCUUGAGAACAAAAGACCCAUUUCUAAACUCAGCUAACUUGGAAGCUUAUCAUCAGAGAAAGUUGUAUGCGCAGCCACUGUACCCGGCACACACCGUGCAAACUGGACAAAGGCAUCUGCAGGUCGUUUUUAAUUGCUGGUGUGAAACGAACGUUUGUGGACCAGCCGUGUGUGUGUGUGUGUGUGUGUGUGUGUGUGUGUGUGUGUGUUAGCACUGUCUCAGGCCCUUCCAGAAGGAAUUCCUGCCAUUGAAACAUCAAAAAGUUCUUGUAAGGUGUCACUCCGGAGGAAUAUUAAAUCAGCGUGUGUGUGAACCCAUCGCACAUCCUCUUCUGAUCGGUUGACUCUGCCCUGAGGGAGCCCG